AAUACAACAAAAUAGUUCUUCAUUGGCGCCAAAGCGUCAGUAGAUUAGUUUUCCGUCAAGCUAUUAGCAUCAUUUCGGAUACCAUCGGGAUUUAUUUAAUUCUAGCAAAUAUCCAUUUCUGGGACUAAUUUUCUUAUACUGACAAAGUUACAAUUCACCAUGUUUGACAGCCUGAUUGACAAUCUCAACAAAGAUAAAUGGGAAGAGAUUGACGCCGCGUCAAAGAACCAAGACAAGUUCUUGGAGUACCAUGUCAUGAGGCAGCACAGACAGGUGGACGACACCACCAUCGCCUUCAUGGUGGCAGUGGACGAAGGCGACCCCAAGAGUGUGGAGCUCAAGGACUGUCAGAAAAAGAAGGACCCUCUAAAGGAAAUAGGGGUCGUGGAACUGAUGCUCAAUGCCGAGGAAACCGAGAUCAUUGGUAUUGACCUCAAUGGUGACAUCGUCAUUAGGAAAUGAUUGUUUCAACCGGAUCGUCAUUACAAACGUUUAUGUAUGUGGUUUGUUCAGGAAAAACUGGGCUUAAUUAACGUGAGUAAAGUGUCGUCCCAGAUGUAACUGUACAGGUAACAGGCUGAUCAAGAAUGACACUUUCCGCAUUUAUGGAAUUUUCCCUUUUGGGGAAGUUAAUAAACAAAAAUCCAUUUCAGGCGGAGAGUGUGGUCCCUGAUUUGCCUGUGCGGACUGGGUCGACAAUAAACGCGCGGGCAUUAAGCCUAGUUUUUCCAGAAUGAGGCUAAAAUGGUCAGGUGACCAAACAAAACUGAGUUAUUUUAACCCAUGUGUAUCUGUGUUAUGUUUCAUGACCUUAUUUUGAUCUUUAAGUCUGGCAUAAUUUUGAUGUGCCCUUUGCACAUCAGGUUCCUUUGCAAAUACACUUAAUUACACGUAAUUAUUUUAAAUAGUCUUGUACAUACAAUUUGUUAUAUAUCAUCAAAUUACUAAAUACUGUGUAAUAAAUGGAAACAUGCUAUUGCAAAUACAAAAUCAAGAUAUAUUUUGAUUGCUAAUAAUUGAACGUAGUGUAAUGAAAUUAGUUAAUUAUUGCAAUAAUGUAUAACACAUCUAUACUUACUCAAUGUAUCAAUUAAAAUGUAUGUUUAUUGUCAUUUAUAUUCGAAAUCAUUCCCUAGCAAAUGAGUUAUCUGUUUAGAGUAGAAAGCUUUUAGAUUAGUUGAUGCUAUUCAGAACAUUUUAGCUUAAGACGUUUACGUGCAAUAUGUUAAUAGAGUUCUUAUCAAAUACAUGUAUAUUGAUGUUUCAAAAUAUUGCUCAAAGACUGACAAUUUCUUGAGCAGUUCGUUCUUAGAAAUAAUUCAAUGACUAAAUGUUUUAUUAAUUGUUAAAAUGUACUUUGAUUGCUAUUUAUUUAAGUAUUUGUUUUGCAAUUUUAUAUUCCUUUGUCUAAGAUGCUGUCUAGACAACUUGUAUUCAAUAAAAUGCAGUGCGUGUG